AUGCGGACAAAUUGCCAAGCUUCCUGUGGAUUUUGCCAAGCUCAGCAAGGCCAAUAUGCCUAUCCGCAGCAGUAUGAAGGGUACUUUAAUUCCCCGCAGUAUGGAAGUGGAGGACAGGCGGGUAAGACUACAAAUAAAAGAUAAUCGAAAAAUAAGAUUUUUUAUUUUUCGAUUUCCAUGAAAUUUCGUGCAGUGUCUUUCAAAUUGAAAAUGAAAAAAAUCAUUGGCCUAAAAAUGCUUGUAAUUUCUGAAAAGCUCAAAAUAUAGGCCAUGGAAAGUUCUGUAGUAAAUUUACGCUAAGAGUUACCAAAAUCAAAAAAAAAAAAUCAAAAUUCUCGGUGCGAUCUUUUGGUUUCAGGCUGUUCCAACUAUUACUGCGGCGGAGGUUACUCUGGGUACUGCUACGACUGUUACGGCGGAGGAUUUGUUGGAAUGGUUGGGUACCCCAACUAUUACAAUCAAAACGGCGGACUUCUUGGUGGAUUAUUGGGAGGUCUGCAGAACCUUAUCUUGGGAAUUGGCCAAGCCUUGCAAAGUGUUUUACUCAACCUGGGCAACCUGCUGAACUCGAGAAACUAUGCUAGUUAUGGCUAUGGCAUCGGUGGGAAUGCAUGUGAGUCUCGGGUAUAGAAAAACCUCAAAAAAAGUUUGUUUUGUAAUCAAAAAAUUUUUACGAUUCUUAGAAUUAAAAAAAAGGAACCACCAACAAAUUUUUGUAUUAGUAUCUUGUCAAAUUUCAAGUUUUUUUAAAUCCGAAAAUCCCAAGCCAAACAUUUUGAGCAUUUCAGACUGUAUGGACUAUCUUCCUGGCUGUUACAUGUACCUCAGUAUGUGCCUCUCCCCUUACUCUUAUUAUUCUCAAUGUUUGCAACGAUAUUGCCCCCUAACUUGUGGUUUAUGUACCGGCGGGCAGAACGGAAUUAUUGGAGGCGGGGGAAUCGUCCCCGGCCUUGGAAUCCCCGGAGCUGGAGGACUUGGAGGAGUGCCAAAUGGAGGAGGAUUGGGAGGGCUUGGAGGUCAGGGCGGAUUGGGAGGUCUGGGUGGCCUUGGCGGAAUUAUUGGAUAA